UUGGCAGAACAAGUUUAUUAGCCGUACAAUAGACCUGUGCGCUCAAAGACUACUGCAGCAAAAGCUUUUUGUCAUAAUCUAUAAAACAAGAAAUCAUUGGAUGAGGUUUUUGUGAUAUCGAGAAUAAUCAAUGUUGAAACAAAUGGAAUCAUGCCAAAGGCUGAGACUAUUUCCACUUGGCGAGACAUGGUUUAUUCCGGAUAUCUCAAAAACCUUAUUCAAUAUGUGUUUAGUUAUACAUCAAGUCCAUAAAGUAUACUGUUGCCCUAGGCCAAAUAUGCAUUGUGUGUAUAGAAUCAAACAUCUAGCUUAUUCAUUAAUUAGCUAGCUGAUCAGAUUGCAUGAUUAUCAAUGUAAAGCAUUCUCCAAUCAGAAUCAAGAGAGUGAGCACAAAAUCUGGAAAUACUAAGAUUUGUUUUCUAUUUACAGCUUCUAUGGAUAUGAGAACCUUAGCAGAAAAAGACAAAAGAGUCAAAAAUGCCUUUUCUGAGCUUCCAAGUGACAUGCGCACAAAGCUGGAGACUGGAGGGGCAAGUGCCUUUACCAAUGUUACUGAUGAUGUCAUUGAAAAGCUGCCAGUUUCUGUUUUUGCAAAUAUUGGGACAGAGGCUAUUCAGGGUAUGGGAAGGGACAAGUUGAAAAGUUUGGCUAAAACAUUCACAAGAGGGGCUGCCUCAAGGAAUGUGGAGAAAGUACUUCAUGCAAUGAGCAGCAGUCAGUUCGAGGAUAUGCUACAGGACAUGCAGAAUUCAACAGAGGAAUUGUCCCUGAGUCAAAAAGAGGUUUUUGUCAAAAUCAUGAAGGAGAAAAAAGGUCGCCCAUCAACUUGGUCAGCGGAUGAUGUGAAAAAAUUGGGUUCCUUGGCAAAGGGCCUGGUACCUAGUGAAAUACGAGACUUGGCAAAUGCUGGGAGAGAAACAUUUGAAGCAAGCAUUGAAGAGAUCAGCAAAGCGGGUGUAAAGGAUCUUAGCAAAGGCCAACUUAAAGAGCUUGUGAAUGGUGCCCUCAAAACGUACGGUAAACAGGACGGGUGGACGGCAGACACACUCAGCAAGAUGGCUACGUUUAUGCCCAGUAUGAAGCCCAAAGACAUCAAACAACUGUCAACAACUGCGGUUAAGGGGGCUAUAAGGGAGCUUGCAACUGUUGAAAUGGACGGAAAGAGUGCCAGAGAGCUAAUGAAAAAGCUGAAGGACGGCAGUGAGGGCUAUGGCUCGCCGGGAUCGUGGACUGCAGACGAUCUCAACAGGCUUGGGAAUCUGACAAAAGGGCUGACCAUGAGAGAUAUCGACAGCUUGAAUGCAGACGCUAUCAGAGGCUCUUUGCGCACGCUCAGUCAUGUUCCACUAUCAAAAAAGCAGGCGAGCAAGAUGGCCCGUAAGGUGAAGACAGCAUUGGGUUCCCCAAACACAUGGACAGCAGAUACUAUCAAGAACGCUUCUGGAAUAUUACGGGGUCUUAAACCGAAAGAUUUGCGCAAUCUGCCCACGGAAGCAGUCAUGGAGUCCGUAGAGGACUUGAAGCAAGUCCCCUUCUCCCGGAGUCAGGCUAGAGUGCUCGCGAAAAAGCUCAAAGAAUCACUCGGAGAUCCCUCCUCGUGGAAUGAGUCAACUGUACAGACGCUUGGUCCAUUGGUCAGUGGUCUACCACUACAAGACCUAGCCCAUCUGUCCGGUGAGUCCGUCCGGUCGGCCAUCAAGGCGAUGAAGGGCGACCGCACCGUCCCACCUUCCAAGCAGCGGGCCAUGCUUAAGAAGGCAAAAGAGAGUGGCACGCUUAAACUUCUCGAAGUUGGUUCGUUUAUUAAAAGCUUCAGCCUCAAGGAUCUGGAAAGCAUUGAUGUCGAGGCGGAGCUGGGACUGGGAACAAGCAUUGCUAACGGCACUGAUGACACAGAAAGGGACGCGUUGACAUGGAAACUCUCCCAGGCCCGCAAAAUUCUGCAAAAGGUUCGAAACCUUUGGGGUGACCCGGCAGAUAGCGCCUCUAAAUGGGUCCUUGAGAACAUCGGGAAGUUGAAAGGUCUGCUCAUAGGGGUGUGGAAAGAACUGCUUCAGCGUUUUCCCAAUGACAUGUUCGAGGACGUCUUGGAGAUGCUUGCAGCACGCGGUGGAUUUACCGCAGGACAGAGGGAAAUGAUACUGAGCCAAUACAAGAGGCAACUGUUCUUGGAAACGCCCAGCAAUUUCUCGUCUAUGACAGAGGAUCAGCUACUGGUGCUCGGCAACCUGACGGUGGAACUGACUGCAGAAGAGUUAGACGCGCUUUCAGUAGACAUCUCGGCCGAGGCGGUGCGACAGAUGAGUGAGGCGGAUAUGACAGGGUUACCGCGAGACCUCAUCACUAAGAAAACACGCAGCGCUUUGAAACUGUUGGCCAGGGCGCGAGGGCUUGUAAGUAUUUUAAAACCUUCACAGCUUACGUCCGACGAGCUCCUUGAUAUGGGCGGCCUGGGAGCUGGUUUAACUUCAAAGGAGAUCGGCCAGUUAGACGCAGACGCGUUUAAAGGUGCCGUUUCCUCCAUCGGUCAAGUCCAAGGCUUCGAUAAGGAUCAGCUGAAAGCGCUUGCUUCGAAGGCCAAGGAUGCCUACCGAGGCGUUGGCACGGCUGCAGAUGCUCCGUCGCUGUUAUCAGACACAGAUAUAUAUGACCUAGGAAUAAUCCUUGCGGGAUUCACAAAACAGGACUUUCUCAAAAUGAAUGAGGAGCGGGUUGAAGGCAAUAUCGAUUACUUAGGAACCUUGCCUCUCGACAAGGAACAAGCCGAAGGCUUACUUGAAAGAGCAACGUCUGCAAAGAGAAAACGGAGAGACAUGUCGGGCAAGACUGGUGACGAGUUGAUCGCUAUGGGCAACAGUCUUAUGGGCCUGACCAUCGCGGAAAUCGAUAGCGUGGAUGCAGCAGCCUAUGACGAGGCCGCCUCUACUGUGGCUUCCAUACCCGGCUUCAGCCAGGAGCAGCUACAAGCAUGGGCGAGGAGAGCCAAAGCAGCGUGGAACAGCGACCCCGCGCAGUUCACCUCCGAUCAGCUUCAUAGACUUGGAGUGGUGGUCGUUGGCUUUACCGCUACAGAUAUAGGCAAGAUGCCUCUUUCCACUGAUGACGUCAUUGAAUCAUUGGGAUCCCAGCCCCUGCAGACAUCUGAUUCAGCGGGUUUCACCCUAGAGCAACUCACCAGCGCUUUGCAAAAGAUCAAGUCACAGAAGUCGAAAGAAGUCAGUGGCUUCAAUGGAGACGAGCUCGCCUCACUCAACAACUUUGCGCUCGCCAUGACUCCGACAGAAAUCGGCCAGAUCAGCUCAGCAACCUUCGGUGAUGCCAUAGCACCGAUGGGCAGUCUUACCGGUUGGUCAGAGGCUCAGAUGGAGAAAUUAAAAGAAAAAGCGGUUGCAGUGUAUGGAGCUGUCAGCACUUGGUCAGCGGAUGAGCUUCGAGAAGCAGGCGCGGCUAUAGGUGGAAUGACGACAUCAGAGCUCAAGUCAUUGAGCAAAGACCACGUGGGUAUGAUCACGCGGACGGCCAUCAGUCAGAUCCCUGUGGAUCUGUUUUUGGGGUUCACUGUGACUCAGCUGCAGGGGUUAGAUGUCACUCAAGUUAUGGCAGUGACAGACGCACAGAAGAACGCACUACCUGCCGAAAAGCGCAAGGUUUUGGCAGACAAAGAGGGCUCUAUCUACAUCAGUGACGCUGGUUCAGGAGGUGCUGGUGUCGAGUUCCAUCUAGCUUUUGUGUUCACCACGAGUCUAUUCAUACCAAUACAUUACUACCAAGAGGCCAUAACUCGCUGGAUUACUCGAGCCUUUAUCACACUUGUAUAAGACAUCUUCUAACAUAACGUACAUAUGUAUGUUCAUUUAUCCUUUAUUGCCCCUAUGUAAAUUGAUUUAUUAAACGGAAUGUAUGCUUCACCUUCAUUGAAAUAAAAUUAAUGUAUAAAAUGGUGAAAAAUAA